GCCUCCAGCACCCCUCCGGGUUUUCAUCUGCCCGCCGAGGGAGAGAUGCCUCAGGAACAGUACGCGCACCGGAGCACCAUGCAGACCUCGGAAGGACCCCAGGUAUACAAAGUGGGGAUUUAUGGCUGGAGGAAGAGAUGCCUCUAUUUCUUUGUGCUGCUCCUAAUGAUUUUAAUCCUGGUGAACCUUGCUAUGACCAUCUGGAUUCUGAAGGUUAUGAACUUCACAAUUGAUGGAAUGGGGAACCUGAGAAUCACGGAAAAGGGUCUAAAGCUCGAAGGAGAUUCAGAAUUCUUGAAACCUCUCUACGCCAAAGAAAUCCGUUCAAGACCAGGCAACCCACUGUACUUCCAGUCUGCCAGAAAUGUGACAGUGAACAUCCUCAAUGAGAAGACUAAAGUCCUUACUCGCCUUGUAACAGGUCCCCAAGCGGUGGAAGCACACAGCCAAAAAUUUGAGGUGAAAACCCUCUCUGGAAAAUUGCUGUUUUCUGCAGAUGACAACGAAGUGGUGGUUGGAGCAGAGAGACUGAGAGUUUUAGGAGCAGAAGGCACAGUGUUCCCUAAAUCUAUAGAAACUCCCAAUGUCAGGGCAGACCCCUUCAAGGAACUAAGACUGGAGUCGCCUACGCGCGCGCUGGUGAUGGAAGCUCCAAAAGGCAUCGAGAUCAACGCCGAGGCCGGCAGCUUGAAAGCUACAUGCAGGACAGAGCUCAGGCUGGAAUCCAAAGAUGGAGAGAUAACGUUGAAUUCUGCAAAAAUCAAACUACCUAACUUGCCUCAAGGAUCUUCCUCUUCUGCAGGGUCCAGGCAAAAAAUCUACGAGCUCUGUGUGUGUCCCAAUGGGAGGUUAUUUCUGUCUCAGGCAGGCACUAGCUCAACCUGCCAGAUAAAUACAAGCGUCUGCCUUUGAGAGACAAUUUGCAGUGGGGCAUCACAGGCAGCACAAAAGCCAGUUCUGGUCUCACAGAUUGCAGCUGCCAACUAUUUUUACUAGAACACAGAAAGCCUAUCAAAGACUUUUUUUGUGUGUGCG